ACUUGGGGGUUCAAUCACCCAAGGCCGCAGGCAGUUUAAGGCUGCCCGGAGGCCGUCCUUGCGGGGCGCCCGGCUGCGCGGGGGCAGCAGGCAGGCGGGCGCGCGCGGCGCGGGCGCGUGGCCGAGCGGCAUGGCGUGGCCCUGCAUCAGCCGACUGUGCUGCCUGGCCCGGCGCUGGAACCAGCUGGACCGCUCAGAUGUAGCGGUGCCGCUGACUCUGCAUGGCUACUCUGACACCGGGAGCGAGGGGCCAGGCGCGGACUGCAACGCCUCCCGUGGGAGCCCGUCUGUGGCAGACGCGCGGGAGCCUAGACGCGCGGUACCGCUCACCCAGUACCAGCGUGACUUCGGCGUGCGGACCGAGCGCGCGGGACCCCGGGAUGCGGCGCAGGAGCGCGUGCCCGGGUCGGGCGGCCGCAGGGGUCAGUCUUCGGCGCCCCCCGCCCGGGCGGUCUACGUGCUGCCAGUCGGGGACGCGGACUCAGCUGCGGUAGCGACCACGUCUUAUAGGCAGGAAUUCCAAGCUUGGACUGGAGUGAAGCCUUCAAGAUCCACAAAGGCAAGAUCAACCAGAGUCAUCACAACUCACAGCUCUGGGUGGGACCCCAGCCCCAGGGCCAGCUUCCAGGUUCCAGAAGUGAGGAAAUUUACACCAAAUCCCUCAGCCAUCUUUCAGACAUCAGCUCCCCGGACUCUCAAUGUGUGACCAGUGGAGGCGGAGACAUGGGAAUCAUGGCUGCUGGGAAAGCU